AUGUUGACUUGCCGCGUCUCGCAGUGUGAUGGAGCUCUCCCGGCGUGUAGCAAUUGCAAAAAUGCAGGAAUCGCAUGUGCAGAUGGAGCGAGUGCACGUAUGCGCGGUCUGCCUCGAGCGCACUUGGCCGAUCUGCGAAAUCGCAUCGCAUGGCUAGAGUCCAUCAUCAAGGAGAGAUGUCCUGAUAUAGAUCUCUCCCAGGAUGCCCCGGCCAUGGAGGCAUCCGAGUCUGACGCCGAAGACCUUGGGUUGCCCGAUGACGAACUGACGAAUCGGGAGGCAAACUCACGUGCGCACACGGAUAGAGACGCCACAAAUGAGAAUAUCGUCCAGAGCCAAGGCUCUAGCCAACCGGUUGGAGUCCCGCUUGUUAAUGAUACAUCUCGGCCCGCAGAAAUUAGGCGCGACAUUGCUAUCGAUGCCAACACGUCGACGCAUCAGAUAGGCCUGAUAGCACUUGGCAGCGGGCAAGAUGCCAGGUACAUCGGGCCCUCAAGUGGUUAUUUCCUUGCCCGUGUACUAUUACAAUCACCCGAGAGGACGAUGACAACUCAUUCGUUUAGUAACAACAAGACCAACAACAAGCUCCCUUUGCCUUGCGAUCUUAUUGAUUCAAUCCAGGGACCACUUCCCCUACCAUCUCGACAGGGCGCCAACUUUCUAUGUGAAAGCUAUUUUAACAUGAUUCAUGUCCAAUACCCAAUUCUACACCGGCCAACCUUCAUGAACAUGCUGGAGCAGAUGCAUCAGCCAUCGGAACCCGAUCCUGUCGUGGCAUUUCAAGUCUUCAUGGUGCUAGCCAUCGGUGCCUCGGUAUGCCCCCGUGUCUCGAGACCGGGUAUUCUGAGCGACUCGUAUGGUAUCUCGGCUAUGCGGUUCUUUGACCAGAUCAAUGUGCAAAACUCUCUUCAAGGCCUACAGUGUCUUCUUCUCAUGUCCUUGUACGCCAUGCAUAACCCAUCAGCCAAACUUAGUGUUUGGUAUCUCAACUAUCAUUGCAUAGCUGCAUUGUUGGACCUGGGGCUACAGAGAAAGAUUGAUGUAUCAUCAGGAGUCUCCCUUUUCGAGCAAGAAAUGCGAACCAGAUUGUUUUGGUCUGUAUACACACUGGACAGAACUAUAGCGACGACGGUGGGGAGACCCAUUGGGCUCCGGGAUGAAGCGUGCGAGUUGCGAUUACCGCAAGACAUUUCCGACGAUGCACUCUCAACGCCAGGUACCCCAUCGACGGUCUCAAAUGGAUCGCAUAUGCAAUUUUCCAUCCAUCUCUUCAAGCUAGCAAGGAUCAACUCCGAGAUCAAGUAUAUUGCCAACAGCAUCAACAGAGGCGCACCGCCCUAUGCAUUGCCGUUUAUCGCCGACUACCCAGCAUGGCAAGAUGGCGUGAUGCAGAACCUGGAUGCGUGGAACCUUGAGAUACCCAGCGCCCAGCCCGGUGAGAACAAUCUUGGACACAUGCUGUGCCAGAUCAAAUAUCACGAGAUACGCAUGCUGGUUACCCGCCCGAGUCCAGCGAUACCCUCGCCGUCGCCAGACGUCUUGACGCAGUGUUACAGCAGUGCGACAAUGGCUAUCCGAUUAUACGAUGAACUCUACAAGCAAGACUUACUUGCAGCUUCUUGGACAGUGCUACACUCCAUAACCAUGAGCGCAAUCACCAUGAUGUACUGCAUCAGGAUGGUCCCGGGCAUUGCGGACAAUACCACUCUGGAUACGUGGAUGGGGGAUAUCUCGAUCUGCACCAACCUUCUCAGUGCAAUCGGCGAGCACUGGUCGGGGGCCAAGCGAUGUAAAGGUAUUAUAGAUGACUUGGGGAAGGCGACGACGCGCUUGGUCAAGUCCAGACAGUCAUUGACUAGCCCCAGCAACACCCAUGAGCUUUCCAGCGACCUGCCCCUAGGGGAUUUGGGUGGAAUGGAGGGAGAUUUUAGCACCAUGUUUGGCAAUUCUGACUUCUUACUGGAUGAGUUUGGGGAUAUAUCUGGCUUGUUCGACUUGACAUGGACAGGAGAACCAAGUGCUUUGAAUAGCACGACAACCCUGGCUGUAGCCUAG